CGGCGCGGGGCGCGGAGCGGAGCGCGGGGCGCGCAGCCGGACGGGUGCCGCGGGGUCGGCCGGCCCCCAGCAGCCUCCUGGCACCCCCUGAGAGAGCCGCUGAGCACCCCCAGGGCCCCCCGAACAUCCCGGACAGCGUCCCCUAGCAUCCCGGCAGCGUCGCCCCAGCAUCCCGGGAGCAUCUUCCAAGUAUCUCGGUGAGCAAACGACGAGCGACCCUCAAGCAUCCGCGUAAUCCCCGGGCAGCAAAACGAAGAUCAUCCCCCCAGCAUCCCUCCAGUACCUCGGAGCUUCCUUACUCACCCGGACAUCACCACUUCCCCGUGGCAGGCACGGCUCCGGCAUGAACUGUGGGCUGCCUGAGCCUGCCCUCCGCCUGCCCUGAGCCCCCUGCACCAGCGCUGCUGGCAGGGAGCCCCAUUCCCGGCCAUGGAGAAGACCUACUCGUUGACAGCACACUAUGAUGAGUUUCAGGAGGUGAAGUACGUGAGCAAGUACCAGAGCGGGACCCUGCCCAACGGCUUCGCCCUCCAGCUGGGCGCGGGGGCCAAGAAGCGCCGUGGGGGGCUGCCACGCUGGAGCCGCCGGGAGGUCUGUCUGCUCUCAGGGCUGGUCUUCGCUGUGGGGCUCUGCGUCAUCUUGACGUGCAUGUUGGUCCUCAAGUAUCUGGCGACCGAAGGGGACAGCUACUGCCUGGAGGGGUGCCAGGAGAAGAAGGCCUUCCUGCGGGCAUCCCGCUUCCUAAAUGCCAACAUGGAUGCUACCAUUGACCCUUGCCAGGACUUCUACUCCUUCGCCUGUGGCGGCUGGCUCCGGCGACAUGGCAUCCCUGAGGACAAGCUGGUGUACGGCACCAUCGGGGCCAUCGCCGAGCAGAACGAGGCCAAGCUGCGGGCGCUGCUGAGCCGCCCCGUGCGGCGCCGUGCCCGCGACUCGGCAGAGAGGAAGGUCAAGGAGUUUUUCCGCUCGUGCCUGGACCGGGCUGAGAUUGACCGGCUCGGCCCCCGGCCCAUGCUGGAGGUCAUUGGGGAGUGUGGUGGCUGGGAUGCCCCUCCGGACCGCAGGGACAUCAACGAGCUGCUCUACAAGACACAGGGCGUCUACAGUGCGGCCGUGCUCUUCUCCCUCACCGUCAGCCUGGACGAGAGGAACACUUCCCGCUACGUCAUCCGGAUCGACCAGGACGGGCUGACCCUGCCCGAACGGACCCUCUACCUGGGGCAGGAUGAGGAGAGUGAGAAGAUCCUGGCCGCAUACCGAGUGUUCAUGGAGCGACUGCUCACCCUCCUGGGGGCUGAGAAUGUGGAGCAGAAAGCCCAGGAGAUCCUGCAGCUGGAGCAGCACCUCGCCAAUAUCACGGUGUCCGAGUAUGACGAUGUGCGGAGGGACGUUGGCAGCAUGUACCACAAAGUGACCCUGGCCGAGCUGCAGCGCAUCACUCCCACUCUCAAGUGGAAGCGCUUGCUGGACCGCAUCUUCCACGACAACUUCUCGGAGGAGGAGGAGGUGGUGCUGCUGGCCACCGACUACAUGCACAAGGUGUCCAACCUCAUCCGUGUGACACCCAGCAGGAUCCUUCACAACUACAUGCUGUGGCGCAUCGUGGUGGUGCUGAGCGAGCACCUCUCCACCCCCUUCCGCGAUGCCAUCCACGAGCUCUCCAAGGAGAUGGAGGGCAGCGAGAAGCAGCUGGAGCCGGGUAAGGUCUGCCUGAGCCAGGCCAACAAGCACUUCGGCAUGGCCCUGGGAGCUCUCUUCGUUGAGGAGCACUUCUCCUCUGCCAGCAAAGCCAAGGUGCAGCAGCUGGUGGAGGACAUCAAAUACAUCCUUGACCAGCGCCUGGAUGAGCUGGACUGGAUGGAUGAGGAAACACGGAGAGCAGCCAGGGCCAAGCUCCGCUAUAUGAUGGUGAUGAUUGGGUACCCCGAUUUCCUCCUGAAGCCAGAGGCCAUCAACAAGGAGUAUGAGUUUGAGGUGGAUGAGAAGACCUACUUCAAGAACAUCCUCAACAGCAUUGCCUUCAGCAUCAGGCUCUCAGUGAAGAAGAUCCGGCAGGAGGUGGAUAAGUCUGCGUGGCUGCUGCCUCCCCAGGCACUGAACGCCUACUACCUGCCCAACAAGAACCAGAUGGUGUUCCCUGCUGGCAUCCUGCAGCCCACACUCUACGACCCCGAGUUCCCGCAGUCACUGAACUAUGGUGGGAUUGGCACCAUCAUUGGGCACGAGCUGACCCAUGGCUACGAUGACUGGGGGGGACAGUACGACCGGCACGGGAACCUGGUGCACUGGUGGACGGAGCGCUCAUACAGCAAGUUCCUGAAGAAGGCACAGUGCAUCGUCAACCUCUACGACAACUUCACCGUCUACAACCAGAGGGUGAAUGGCAAACACACACUGGGGGAGAACAUCGCUGACAUGGGGGGGCUCAAACUCGCCUACUACGCCUACCAGAAGUGGGUGCGGGAGCACGGCCCUGAGCACCCCCUGCACCACAUGAAGUACACACACGACCAGCUCUUCUUCAUCGCCUUUGCCCAGAACUGGUGCAUCAAGCGGAGAUCCCAGUCCAUCUACCUGCAGGUGCUGACAGACAAGCACGCCCCGGAGCACUACAGGGUCCUGGGCAGUGUCUCACAGUUUGAGGAGUUUGGACGGGUGUUCCACUGCCCCAAGAACUCGCCCAUGAACCCAGUGCACAAGUGCUCAGUGUGGUGAGGCCGAUCCCCCUCCAGCAGGCUGGGACCCUCCAUCCCCUCCCCUGCCUAAGUGACACCCUGUGCCCAGUGCCCAACUUCCCAUCUCCCCUUCCUAUUGUCCAGCUAAAGGGGUGUCACGGGGGGUCACCCCAAAGGCAGGCACUGCCCUAGGGGUGUAGGCAGCAGAGACACUCGGGCUGGGCAGCUGCCCCCUGCCCAUCCACCUCCCAUCCGCUGCCAUGCGCGCUGAGGAACACCUUGUUCCAUGGAGGAACAAGGGCACGCCCAGGCACCCCUGUGCCCCCUUUCUGUCCACCUAGCCCAAACCCUUCACCCAGCCCUACCACAUCCAUCCCAGCAUCAGUCAAGGCAGGGGGAGGACUCCAGAGUUCCCAAGGGCCUGCCCCAUGCCAAAAGCCUCCCCUGCAUGGUGCCCUCCUCCCCGUGCCAGCCCCCUCCUGUCCAUGCAGCAGCCCCGCCGAGGUGGGGCACAGUGGUGCAGCCGGGCCGGGCGGUGCCAGCCUGCCCGGGAGCACAUGCACACGGACACUGCUGUAUUUUUUUCUGCUGUUUCUGGUCAAUAAAGCACUGGAUAUGCUGGGUGGCUGCCAGGGGCCAUGGCCAGGGAAUGGGGGCAGUGGGCAGCACCCCCAGCCCUGCCCACGUGGCACAGGCACUCCCACUGCACCAACACGCCUCUC